AUGGACGCAAAGCCCCAACGCAUUCGUGUCCGCGCGGACGAGAAUGCUCCCUUUCCUCUCGCCGCGAACAAGACACUCAACCAGCGAACCAAGUCCACCACCGCGUUGUCAUCAAACUUCCAGAAUGGUGGUAAUAAAAACGGACCUCGCCGAGCAGCUUUUGGGGACGUCAGCAACACUGCCAACCUAGUUCAUGGUAACCGCGACGAUUCCUCCCUUGCGGGCAAGAAGCCUUCCAAAGUGCUGGAGAAAGCGCCACUAGUUGCAGAGAAGAAACCAGCUGCACUCUCUCAGCCUGCCCAACGUCCCGUAUCGAUGUCCGGAUUGAAAGGUUUGCUGAGCAAUGUCACCAACCCGAAACCGCUUGAAAUUUCGAAGCAAACUGCAGGACAGCAACUGAACACCAAUGCCCGCAAAACUUUGAACAAGCGUGCUACGGUCUUCAAAGACCAUUUAGAACCAUUGACGGAAAAUAAAGAACUCACAUCCAAGGAAUCCACCAUUGAACCGAAGGAAGGCAACAACAAAGGCUAUACGGAACGCGUGCAGCAGGACGACGUGAAAAAAGCUGUCGACUCAGAUGAUAUUUUGGAAAACGAGCUGAGCAACCUCGAGGCUUCACUGGCCAAAUCUGAAGCCGAUGAAGACGAGAAAGACACCCAAGGGCUCGAAGACGACGCCUGUAAGGUGCAAGCAGGAUUGAAGCAAACCAGCGAAAUUCGCGAACACCACACUGCGGUGGACUCCCGCGAAGUUAAACCCAACUCGAAGACCUCGCGCAAAUCGACCACGGUCUCGCGUAUUUCCCAUGAUUAUUUCCCUCACCAGUCGGAACCUGAGGAGUACUGGGAAGAUGAGGAUGAAGAGAAUGAGGAAGACGAUGGCUACAUCACCGCUCGCUCCUACCGUUCCCGAAGCGAGAACACAACAGGUGGAGCGACCACACUGUUGUUCCCUAGAUACAACCAGCAAGUCAAGCGAGAGUUGGCACUCGCAAAACAGGUCGUCGAGGCUACUCGGACGGUUGAGGACAUUGAGGAUGAUUACUGUGACACAAGCAUGGUGGCCGAAUAUAGUGAGGAGAUCUUCGAGUACAUGAGAGAGCAAGAGAUCAAGAUGUUGCCCAAUGCGCAUUAUAUGGACAAUCAGGCUGAAAUCCAGUGGUCCAUGCGGUCUGUCCUCAUGGAUUGGCUGGUGCAGGUUCACCACCGCUUCUCGCUCCUUCCUGAAACACUCUUUCUAUGUGUCAACUACAUUGAUCGUUUUCUCUCCUGCAAGAUCGUUUCGCUUGGCAAACUUCAGCUUGUGGGCGCAACCGCUAUUUUCAUUGCUGCCAAAUAUGAAGAGAUCAAUUGCCCAUCGGUGCAGGAGAUUGUGUAUAUGGUUGACGGUGGUUACACGAUCGAUGAAAUCCUCAAGGCCGAGCGGUUCAUGUUGAGCAUGCUCCAGUUUGAGUUGGGGUAUCCUGGGCCCAUGAGCUUUCUGCGCAGAAUCAGCAAAGCUGAUGAUUAUGAUCUCGAAACUCGUACACUUGCGAAGUACUUCCUGGAGAUUACUAUUAUGGACGAGCGAUUUGUUGGUAGCCCUGCUAGUUUCCUUGCUGCAGGUGCUCAUUGCUUGGCGAGGCUGAUGCUGAGGAAGGGCUCAUGGUCACCCGCCCACGUGCAUUAUGCUGGAUACACCUAUUCCCAACUUUAUCCACUCGUUUCUCUGAUGAUGGAAUGCUGUGAGAUGCCUCGUAAACACCAUGCGGCUAUCUACGAAAAGUACACCGAUAAACGGUUCAAGCUUGCUUCCCUUUUUGUUGAAGCCGAAAUAAGGAAGAACAUUCGCCUUCCAGAGCCAACCAAAGAGGGUUCUAUUCUCGAGCGCAAGAUGACACCAGAGCCAGCCCAUUACAAGCGAGUAUAG